ACAAAAAAAAAACCCAGAGACUUUAGCCGGUGAAUGAAUAUCCGAGAGGUGGAGAAGACAUCUGUAUCCUGCAGAGCAUCCUUUCCUGGGAUGAUGCUCUGCCUGUAAUUCUGACCCGCACACUCCCCACACACACACACACCAUAUCCCUAACCACAGUCCACAAUCUGUGGUUGUACAGCAGGCAAAACACACUCACACCCUCACCUCUCCCCCGCACCACACACGCACCAACAGAUUUUUUUUUUUUGCCUGAAUCUCUCCUCUCCAUCAUUUCUCCCCCCACCCCCCCCUCAAACACACUCACACACCCUCCCUCACUCACUCAUUCCUGCACCGCACAGCGCACCCUGGCCUAAUUCAUCGGGUUAUGAAAGCUGACUGUACGCUGCUAUGUUUGUUCCGCUCUCCGUCCCCUUUCUGUUUCAGCGAUCCGGCUCUGAACACACAUGGCCCUUUAAGUCGCCUCUGUCUCUGGCAGGUGCUGACGAAAUAAGAAUGUCUAAACCGGGACAUCUUGGCAAAUUGCACGCAGUAGGGGGUAUAACAGCAGACAAUGAAAGGAAUGGUGCAGACUCUCUGCAUGAGGUGCAGCAAAACAAAGGAUCAUCACCCUUCUCACUUUCUCCAAAGCUUAAAGAUGAUGAAUGUGGGGACAGGUCCCCGUCCCUUCCUGGCACACCAGUUCCCCCAACACCUUCUGCCCCUCCCACCCCACAAGGUCCCCCUGCAUCGCAGCAGCCACCUACCUCCCUGCCCCAAACACAGCUUCUCCUGGCCGGCAGCCAACUUGCAGGGCUCACUGCUCUCCUCCCCGCACAGCAGCAACUGCUUCUACAGCAAGCUCAGCUUCUUGCCGCAGCUGUGCAGCAAUCCAAUGCCGCCGCCGCUGCCAGCGCAUCCCAGGCAGGGUCUGAGGGCCAGACUAAUGCUGCCAACCAACAGCAACCCCCACAACUUGCUCUUUCCCAACCGAUCCACCUCACAGCACAGGAUAUUCAGCAAUUAUUACAGCUCCAACAGUUGGUUUUAGUCCCUGGCCACCACCUCCAGUCCCCAACUCAGUUUCUGUUACCCCAAGCAGGGCAGGGCCAACAAGGUCUGAUUUCUGCACCAAAUCUCUUCCAGCUACCUCAACAAGGCCAAGGGAACCUACUCACAGGUCAGCCCAGGCCCGGUCUCCCCACUCAGGCUGUGACCCGUCCCGGGCCCCAAGAUGCCCAUCUUCUGUCACACAGUGAGCCUGUAUCUCACCCCGAGGAACCAAGUGACUUGGAGGAGUUGGAACAGUUUGCGCGAACCUUUAAACAACGCAGAAUUAAACUGGGCUUCACUCAGGGGGAUGUAGGUCUGGCUAUGGGCAAACUAUACGGAAAUGAUUUCUCGCAGACAACCAUCUCACGAUUUGAAGCUCUUAAUCUGAGUUUCAAAAAUAUGUGCAAACUGAAGCCAUUGCUACAGAAGUGGUUGAGUGAUGCAGAGACUAUGUCUGUGGAUAGCACUCUUCCCAGUCCUAACCCCUUGAGCAGCCCUGGAGGUGGAUACGAAGGGCUCCCUGGUCGCAGGCGCAAGAAACGUACCAGCAUUGAGACCAAUGUGCGUUUUGCACUAGAGAAAAGCUUUAUUGCGAACCAGAAACCUACCUCUGAGGAGAUCCUUGUAAUUGCCGAACAGUUGAACAUGGAGAAGGAAGUCAUUCGUGUAUGGUUUUGUAAUCGUCGGCAAAAGGAAAAGCGUAUUAACCCGUGCAGCAGUAUGCCACUUACCCCCAGCCAAGGCAAGGGGCAACUGUAUGGAGCACACAUGGUAUCCCCCCCGGUGUCUGCCCCUAUCCUCACUUCCCAGGCUUCCAGUAACCUCAGCACAACAGUGACUACCUUACCUUCUGCAAUGGGCUCUGCUGCCCAUCCACGCCCCCCAUCCAACACAGCUCCCCCAUCUGCCACUCCCCCUCCAAGCAACAGCACAAGCGCCAGUCCCCAAAGCAGUACCCAUUCUGGACUUAGCCUAACUGGACUUAGUCCUAACACAGGGAGUACAAUGCUCGGGGUAGGUGCGGGGUUGAACCCAGCCUUAAUGGCUGGAAACCCACUGGCCACAAUACAAGCUCUGACCAGUGGUGGCUCUCUGCCUCUCUCCGGGCUUGAUGCCAGCGGUAACCUCGUCUUGGCCAGUGGCUCCAGCAUUUCCAACGCCCCCAACCUGGUGAGCCCACCGCUCUUCCUGAACCCAGGGGGCCUCCCUCUCAUGGGUUCCAGCCUUGGACGCAUCCCCUCUGCCGGUGGAACUCCCAGCCUUUCCCCUUCCUCAUCCACUUCUUCUAUGGAGACUGCAGUACCAACUUUGCAGCACAGCCCAGGAGGCUCCCAGCACAGUGGAGAAUGUGAGUGAAAACCCCUCUCUCCCCCCCUUCAACACCCACCAGCACCUAUGCUGAGCCUCAACCCAAGACGAGGUUUCUGCAUACAGCAGGGGGGGUGAGGAGAGGUGUGAGUGAAUUCUAGGGGACGCUGCCUCUUUUCCCCUCCCCAGUGAAGAAGAAAUAUGCGUGAAGGGGGGGGAAGGAACCAAAAAGAAGAACCAAAAAUAAGAACCCUAAACCAAAUAAGAACCAAAAACCCAAACCUCGGAAAUACUGCAGAGAAACCAAAAAUACACUGCCCCCUAAAUGGGGUGCACAAAGCUCCCUUCAACCAAAGGAAUUCCUAAAGACUGAUCCCCCAUGCUUUCUUGUUAGUCAUAUCAAGCUAUGUGCCAUUUUAGUUAACUUGUUCAGGAUGAGUGUGGGGGGGGAUACAGAACUGGGGGCAGCAAGGUUCUCUUUCCCCUGUCUAUCAUCCUUUUGCUCUACACUCCCUAGUUAUAGCGGAGAAGCAUUAUGGAUUAUAGGAAAAGGGAGGGGGCUGCAGCAGAAGAGAGACCACUCACAGGGUGGGCUUCAUGGGUAUCAGGAGGGUAUCAGGGUUGACUGAACCCACCCUCUAAACGAAUGCCUAUAGCCCCCUCUUCAACUUACACCAAAAACCAAAACAACAGCUUUAUCCAAAGCCUAACACAUCUCUAGAACCUCAGAGUAAUUCUGUGUAAUCGUGUGAUGUCCAUACUGAAAAGUACACACACAUAGAUUUAUCUAUAGCUUUUUCUUGCUUAUAUUUAGCAGCUUUGAACCCCAGCUUCGUUUUGACAUCUGUAUAGUUUACUUUGCUACAGGGUUAGCUCUCCUACUUUAUUUGACCCUUACUUACAAAGACAUAUAUAGUAUUUAAGAUCCU